AGCAGGAGCUGCGUGAGACUGGAGCAUCCCAUCCCUGCAUCCCAUCCCUGCAUCCCUGCGUGGGCUCAGGGCUGAAUCCAGGAGCCGAGCGAAGCUUCAGGAGCCUCCCCAGCGGCCGCAUCAGCCCUGCCCGGCCACUCCGAAGGGCGCAAAGGGAUCAGCAGCGCCGUUCCGGGGCCAUGGUGCCCUUGGGCAGCCCCACUCUCGCUGUCUGCGCUUCCAGCAAUCUGCGCCUCAUGGCCCCCGGCCGCGGCUCGCCCCUGGCCUGGCUGAACCGGGGCCCCGAGUGUCCGCAGGGUCCGGGGGGCAGCGGGGGCCGCAGAGCCAGCGCCGUGGAGCGCCUGGAGGCUGACAAGGCCAAGUACGUCAAGUCCGAGCAGGUGAUCAGCAGGCGGCAGGAGCCGGCGCUGCGGGGCUCGCCCCGGCUGUCCCCCCACGGCCGGCGCCUGCUGGCCCGGCAGCAGUGUGGCGAGCUGUGCCCGGCCUCGGAGCUCAGCCGGGACGGGUCCCGCAAGCUGCCGUGCCCCCAGUCUCCCGUGUCGCGCCGCAGCGGCAGCAGGCGCCUGCUGAGACCCGACUCGCUCAUCAUCUACCGGCAGAAACGGGACUGCCUGGGCGGUGACAAGGAGAACACCAAGGGCUCUGGGCUGGUGCGGCGCCUCUUCCAGGGACCCCUCAGACCGCCCAGCUCGCCCCCCGCCAGGCCGCUGGGCGAGGGACCCAGAGCCCCCCAGAGCCCCGAGACCCCCAUGCUGUGGGUGCCCGCCGAGAAGGAGGAGGCGCGGACACCGGGAGGGGACAGCGGCGGUGACGGCGGUGGCAUCUUCCCCGUGCCCGCGGAGCAGCCCCCCGGUAUCCCCGGGAAGGAGCCGCUGGCCCUGCGCGUGUCGCUGCCGCUGUCGGAGCAGGAGCGGUUCUUCAACUACUGCGGGCUGGACCGGGCGCUGGUGGAGCUGCUGGGCCGGGAGCGCUUCGGGCCGGCGGGCUGGGACAGCGCCUCGGCCCGGCCCGGCUCCUGCGAGUCCGAGCCCGGGCGGGCCUCGGGGGGCAGCCAGGGGGACGCGGGGCCGGGCGAGGAGGAGCCGGACGCCCGGCCUGGCUCUGCCGUCUCGGUGGUGGAGCGCAACGCCCGCGUCAUCAAGUGGCUCUACGGCUGCCAGAGAGCCUGGGCGGCUGCCAAGGAGUCCACGGUGUGAGCGGGGACAGCCUGGCCGGGACCGGGACGCCCGCGUGACUCCCGCUGGCCGGACGGGGCCCCUCGCCCUCGCGGGAUGUGCCCGACAGGCUGGUGGCAUCCACGGCCCUGGUGCCGUGAGGAUGCUGCGGGCUGGGAGAGCCACCAGGUCCACAGGCUGAGUGUGAUGGGGGCACCUGAGAGGCAGGUGAGGAAGGGCCACCCCCGGGUGAGUCCCCAUGGCCUCAGGGCUGUCAGGCUGCUGUCCCCCUGCUGUCCCCCAUCUUCUCCCUUCUCCCUGUCCCCAGCCCAGGAGGGUGGGACGGGCCCGCAGCCCCCAGUGACCACCCAAGUCCUGCUCCAGCUGCAGGCUGCGGGUGGGCAGAGCCCGAGCCCCCUGUCGUGGGCAGUGCCCACCCCACAGCCCCCUCCUCCCCAGAACAGGGGCUGCUGGGGCCAGAGCUGCCCUCAAUAAAUCUGUUUGGGUUUUUUUUUCUA